UUAACACAGGUUCACCAACCUACUAUCUUUGUUACUGAAGACUGAACCCGCGUUAAUGGACUACAAGGUCAAUUCCGCGAUAAAACAUGCGUCUAAAUGUUGUUGUUGCAGUUUCUGAAAACUGGGGUAUCGGGAAGGGUGGAGGUUUGCCUUGGAAAAUAAAGAAAGACAUGGAAUUUUUCAAAUCAAUAACAACUAAAGCUCAUCCAGGUCUCAAAAAUGCGGUUGUUAUGGGGAGAUUGACAUGGGAAUCUAUACCGGAGAGCUUCAAACCACUAAAGGAUAGGAUUAACAUAGUGGUAUCAAGCACGCUAUCACACGCACCACCACGUGUUCAAAUUGUUCCCAAUCUUAAUGCGGCCAUUGACUUGUUAUAUAGUGAAGAAUUCAGCUCCAUAGUAGAUGAGGUUUUUAUCAUUGGUGGGCAUCGUCUUUACGAAGAAGCCUUGAAACAAUCCAUAUACCCGGUUCGUAUCUAUUGUACGCACAUACUAAAUGAGGUGGACUGCGAUACUUAUUUCCCAAAACUGGAUUGGAGUAAACUGAAAAAAGUUGAUCUACCGGAUAUACCAGCGGGUACUUUCACAGAGAAUGGAUUUACAUACAAAUUCUGUGUUUACGACGUUCCAUCCGAACAGUUUAUAUAAUUUAUAAAUUCAUUAGUAGAUAUCAUUUAAUCAAAUAUUUAUUCGUAAAAUUUUUAAUUUUAAAUACAAAUCUUUUUAU